GUUUGCACCUAUAAAUUUAUACCAAGGUAAUUUCAGAAUGUCCAGCAAGGAAGUAAAGACUGCUCUAAAAAGUGCUAGAGAUGCAAUCAGAAACAAAGAAUACAAAGAAGCUUUGAAACAUUGUAAGACAGUGUUAAAACAAGAGAAAAAUAACUAUAAUGCCUGGGUUUUUAUUGGUGUUGCUGCAGCUGAGUUAGAACAACCUGAUCAGGCCCAGGGUGCCUAUAAGAAAGCUGCUGAACUAGAACCAGACCAAUUACUGGCUUGGCAGGGGUUAGCAAGCUUGUAUGAGAAAUGUAAUCACGUAAAUGCUAAGGAUGACUUACCUGGUGUUUACCAGAAGCUCCUGGAUCUUUAUGAAAGUGUUGACAAACAGAAGUGGUGCGAUGUCUGUAAGAAACUUGUGGAUCUAUAUUACCAAGAAAAGAAACAUGUAGAGGUGGCCCGAACAUGGCACAAAUUGAUAAAGACACGGCAGGAGGAAGGUGCAGACAACCAAGAGCUUCAUCAGCUAUGGAGGAAAUUGACUCAGUUGCUGGCUGAGAGUACUGAGGAUCAAAAUAAUGAGACCCAGCAAUUGCUUUUAACUGCUUUUGAGAAUGCACUGGACUUAUCAGAUAAGAUUCCUAGUGAAGAUCACCAAGUACUUUACAGACAUUUCAUUCACUGUUUAUCCAAAUUUCCUCAUGAGACUGCUAGAUUGAAGAAGGCCUGUGAAGGAAUGAUAAACAUCUAUCCCACUGUACAAUAUCCACUAGAAGUGCUUUGUUUGCAUUUAAUUGAAUCAGGCAGUCUUACUGAUGAAGGACAGCAGUAUUGUUGCAGACUAGUGGAAAUGGAUUCCAAAAGUGGUCCAGGCUUCAUUGGUUUAGGCAUUAAAGCAUUACAAGACAAAAAGUAUGAAGAUGCUGUUAGGAACCUAACAGAAGGGUUAAAGGAAAGCCCUCUUUGCACAACUGGAUGGUAUCAUCUGGCAGAAGCCCAGGUUAAAAUGCAUAGACCUAAGGAAGCUGUUCUUUCAUGCAAUCAAGCUCUGAAGAACAUAGAUAAUCUUGGUGUGUCUGGUGGCAGUCUUCAUCAGAAGAAUCUUUGUCUCCGUUUGAAAGCAGAGGCUUUGAUUAAACUCUCAGAUUAUGAAUCUUCAGUGGAAGCAAUUUGUACUCUUGAUCAGGUUUCUGAUGCAAAUAAUAUCCCAGGACUUUUGGUUCUUAAAAGCUUGGCCUAUCUGAACAAAGGCUCAUUAGAUGAAGCUUCAAAGAUUAUGGAAGACCUUCUCUCUUCUUACCCUGACCUAGCUGAAGUUCAUGCCCUGGAGGCUUUGAUUCAUUUUACCAAAAAGGACUAUCUACAAGCAGAGAAAUGUUUUCAGAGAGCUCUUGAGAAAGAUGCUGAAGUUGCUGAAUAUCAUUACCAACUUGGGUUAACAUAUUGGUUCAUGGAUGAAGAAACAAGAAAAGAUAAAACAAAGGCUCUUACCCACUUUCUAAAGGCUGCCAGACUGGAUACAUACAUGGGCAAAGUUUUCUGCUAUUUAGGUCAUUACUACAGAGAUGUGGUAGGAGAUAAAAACAGAGCCCGUGGCUGUUACAGGAAAGCUUUUGAGUUAGAUGAUACUGAUGCUGAAUCUGGAGCUGCAGCAGUUGACUUAAGUGUGGAGCUUGGAGAGAUGGAAACUGCCUUAGCUACCCUAACAACAGUAACUCAAAAGGCAGGUGCUGGAACGGCAAAAUGGGCCUGGCUUAGGCGAGGACUAUACUAUUUGAAAGCUGGUCAGCAUUCUCAAGCUGUGGCUGAUUUACAGGCAGCAUUAAGGGCAGACCCAAAGGACUUCAAUUGUUGGGAGUCACUAGGAGAGGCAUACUUAAGCAGAGGUGGCUAUACAACAGCCUUGAAAUCCUUCACAAAAGCCAGUGAGCUGAACCCAGAAUCCACAUACAGUGUGUUUAAGGUUGCUGCAAUACAGCAAAUCCUAGGCAAAUAUAAGGAGGCGAUAGCUCAAUACCAGCUGAUCAUUAAAAAGAAAGAAGACUAUGUGCCAGCUUUGAAAGGUUUGGGUGAAUGCCAUCUCAUGAUGGCAAAAGCGGCUCUAGUUGAUUAUCUUGAUGGGAAAGCUGUAGACUACAUAGAAAAAGCACUGGAAUAUUUUACUUGGGCUCUGCAGCAUCAAGCUGAUGUGUCUUGCCUUUGGAAGCUAGUUGGGGAUGCUUGUACCAGUCUGUAUGCUGUCUCACCAUCUAAAGUGAACGUUAAUGUUUUAGGAAUCCUUCUAGGUCAGAAAGAAGGAAAACAAGUAUUAAAGAAGAAUGAGCUUCUCCAUCUUGGAGGAAGGUGUUAUGGCCGUGCGUUAAAACUGAUGUCUACAUCUAAUACGUGGUGUGAUCUUGGAAUUAAUUAUUAUCGCCAAGCACAACAUCUAGCAGAAACAGGCAACAAUACAAAUGAUCUUAAAGAGUUGUUGGAGAAAUCUUUACAUUGUCUGAAAAAGGCAGUGAGACUUGACAGUAAAAAUCACUUAUACUGGAAUGCUCUUGGUGUGGUUUCAUGUCACAAUGGUAUUGGAAAUUACGCCCUUGCUCAACACUGUUUCAUCAAGUCUAUCCAAUCGGAACAAAUUAAUGCUGUUGCAUGGACCAACUUGGGAGUGUUAUACCUUGCAAAUGAAACCAUUGAGCAAGCUCAUGAAGCUUUCAAAAUGGCUCAGUCUCUUGAUCCGUCUUAUUUAAUGUGCUGGAUUGGACAAGCUCUUAUUGCAGAGACUGUUGGAAGUUAUGACACAAUGGAUCUUUUCAGGCACACUACAGAACUCAGUAUGCAUACUGAGGGAGCAAUAGGUUAUGCGUACUGGGUCUGUACAACAUUGCAAGAUAAAAGCAACAGAGAUACAGAGCUGUACCGGUACAACAUUGUUCAGAUGAACGCUAUUCCAGCAGCCCAAGUUGUUUUGAGUAAAUACAUAGAAAGAAUUCAGAAUUAUGCUCCAGCUUUCACAAUGUUGGGUUACUUAAAUGAACAUCUACAACUGAAAAAGGAAGCCACAGAUGCAUACCAAAGGGCAAUGUUAUUGUUACAGACUGCAGAAGACCAAGAUACUUAUAAUGUUACAGUAAGAAAUUAUGGCAGAUUGUUAUGUUCCAUUGGUAAAUAUGAUAAAGCUAUCCAGGCUUUUAAGUCAACACCCCUUGAAGAGUUAGAAGACAUCAUAGGUUUUGCAUUGGCUUUAUUUAUGAAAGGUCUAUAUAAAGAAAGCAGCAAAGCCUAUGAGAGAGCCUUGUCUGUUGUUGAAUCAGAGCAGGACAAAGCCCAUAUCUUGACAGCUCUGGCAAUAACGGAGUAUAAACAAGGAAAAAUGGAUGUAGCCAAGACAUUGCUAUUUAAAUGCUCUAUCUUAAAGGAUCCAACCACAGAAAGCCUUCAAGCCCUGUGUGCUCUUGGAUUGACAAUGCAGGAUGCUACACUGUCAAAAGCGGCACUUAAUGAAUUACUGAAGCACAUCAAGCAGAAAGACAAUGAUUAUUCAAAGUGCCUUCUUACUUCAGCGAUUUAUGCACUGCAAGGCCGCAGUGUGGCAGUGCAGAGACAAGCAUCUAAAGCUGUUCACAGUAACCCAGCUGAUCCUGCUCUUUGGUCUCUGUUGUCCCGAGUAGUUGCUCAGUAUACUAACCGAAGUGCAAAGGGAGGUGCUGUAGCAGGAAAUGUGGCUCAUAUUUUGGACUCAAAUCAUGGAAAGAAGGCAUUACUGUACACUGCAGUAAAUCAGUUAGCUAUGGGAAGCAGUUCAGCAGAAACUGAAAAAAAUAUUGCACUAAAGACCAUUCAGAAAGCAGCUCUUCUUUCUCCAGGUGAUCCUGCUGUCUGGGCUGGGCUAAUGGCAGCCUGUCAUGCUGAUGAUAAACUGGCUCUAGUGAACAACACUCAGCCAAAGAGAAUGGAUUUGUACUUGGCACUGUUAUCUGCUGUUUCUGCUUCAAUUAAAGACAAAGAAUUCCUCAAGGAUUAUAACCAAUCUCUUGAAAAGUGGUCUCUCUCCCAAGCUGUCACUGGUCUAAUAGACACAGGAAGAAUAUCUGAAGCUGAAGCCCUCUGCACAAAGAAUUUAAAAAGUAACCCUGAUCAGCCAGCUGUUAUCUUACUUUUGAGACAAGUUCAGUGUAAACCACUCCUGGAGUCACAAAACCCUCUCCCAGAUGCUGUCCUUGAAGAGCUGCAAAAAACAGUCAUGUCCAACUCAACUUCUGUUCCAGCUUGGCAGUGGCUGGCACACAUAUAUCAGUCCCAAGGAAUGAUGGGUGCUGCAGAGAUGUGUUAUAGAAAGAGUCUACAAGUAGCAUCCCAACAGGGCAUUUGGAGUGGGAAGCUGUCGAGUCUCUUGAGACUAGCUCUACUUGCUUUAAAAGCCUGCAUGGCUAAUAUUUCCAAUGAUCACUGGUCAUCUUUGGUUCAGGAAGCUACAACUGAGGCCUUGAAACUUUGCUUUUGUCCAUUGGCUGUCUUUUUACAAGCUUUGUUACAGUUCAACCGCAAAAUGGGGGCAAGAGAGACGCGGCGACUUUUGGAAAGAGUGGUGUAUCAGCCUGGGUAUCCCAAGUCUAUUGUAUCAACUGCACGUUGGUAUCUACUGAGACACUUACAUGCCAAAAAUGACUACGAGCUUAUUGAUGUGCUGGUAAACAAUGCCAAAACUCAUGGAGAUACAAGAGCAUUGGAAUUGAAUCAGAAAUUGUCCUCACAGUAACAGUGUGUUAUUUUAUAGUAAGCAAGCAAAGAAAAAGUUAUUAGAAAGAAACAAUGAAUCAAGACUGUUCCCCAAAGCAACAUUUUAAAAAAACAUAGUUAUAAUCAUCCAUUCCUAUUUCAAAUCUAAAGACAUUUAAGUUCUUAAGCUAGGGAUUUAAUUUUUCAAAAACUCGUAAUAUAACUUUAAUUUGAAAAAUGUGUUUGAUUUUGAGAAGCCCAUAAUGAAAGGAAAAAACAUGAUUCCCUUAGGUGUUCAUCAGUAAUUUGUAAACCAUUCUUUUCUCCAUCUUGCAUUGUGCAUAAUAAGAUGUUUUUUGUACCCCUUUAUAAUAAAGCCUUCAUAGCCAUUUUCCAAAUAAUAUGCAAAAGCAGA